AGCGGAGCGAGGCGGGGCGGCGGGGUUAUGUAAAGCCGCGGAUUACCGGGGCCCGGGCCCGGGGCGGCGCCGCCAUGGGAGCAUCGAGCAGCGGCCCCGGCCCGGCCCCGGUGCGGCCCCCCCAGGGCCGCGCUGUGGGGUCGUGGGUGCGGGCGCUGUUGGGCCGCACCCGGCCGGUCCCGGGGUCGGGGCUCGCCCUGGUCCCGCGGGGAGGCACCGAGGAGCCGCCGGUGCCCGGGUGGCCGCUGCCGCAGCUCGUCUCGCUGUUCCUGCCGGAGUUCCCGGUGCGCUCCUCCGCCCGCCAGCAGCAGCUCAAGAUCCUGGGUUUCGUGGCCAAAGGCUCCUUUGGGACCAUCCUCAAGGUGCUGGACUGCGGGCGGGAGAAGGUCUGCGCCGUGAAGGUCGUGCCUAAAGUGGAGGUGCUGCGCCGAGACACCCUGAAGCAGUGCAAGGAAGAAGUCAGCAUCCAGAGACAGGUCAGGCACCCGUUUGUGCACGGGCUGGGGGACAGCUGGCAGGGCCAGCGCCACCUCUUCAUCAUGUGCACCUACUGCAGCACCGGGGACCUGCACGCCCUGUGGCGCGCAGCCGGGUCCUUCACCGAGGCCACCGUCCGCCUGUUCGCUGCCGAGCUGGUGCUGGUGCUGGUGUACCUGCACGACCUGGGCAUCAUACACAGAGAUGUGAAGAUGGAGAACAUCCUCCUGGAUGAGCGAGGGCACCUCAAGCUCACUGACUUCGGCCUCUCCCGGCACCUGCAGUGGGGCGAGCGAGCCCACACCAUCUGUGGCACCCUGCAGUACAUGGCCCCAGAGGUGCUGAGCGGGGGGCCCUACAGCCAUGCAGCCGACUGGUGGUCCCUGGGUGUCCUGCUCUUUGCUCUGGCCAGCGGGGAGUUCCCCGUGGCACCGGCAGGGGACCAUGUGGCCAUGCUGGAGCGUGUCAAGCAGAGCAGCUACGAGAGCCCACCCGCGUUCAGCCCCGCGCUGGCCCGGCUGAUGGCCGAGCUGCUGUGCCACAACCCCCUGCACCGCCUGCGCUACCUCCAUCACUUCCAGGGACACCCCUUCUUCCGCGGCGUGGCCUUCGACGCCGACCUCCUGCAGAAGGACCCGGUGCCGGUGGCGGUGGCCCCGCAGCCCCCGGAGCAGCCCCCGCCGGACCCCGCCACCUUCGAUGACUUCGACUGCGACCUCGAAGUCCCUCCGACAGCACCCCCGGGCUGGCCCUGCCCUGGCUGAGCCCCC